UUACAUAGUCCUCACAAACACACUUCUGGUUGGGACAAUUCAAUUCUUUACAAGCUCCCUGAAAACACAGCUUUUAAACAUGUCGUGGCCACUUCCUCUCCUCUCUUCUUUACCCCCUUAAAAUACACACACAAGAAACAGUAACAAAUGGACAUAAUUCAAAAAAAAAAAAAACCCAGAGUUCAUAUCUCUCUUUUCUUUUUUUCCCAAGAAUCCUUAGAGUUUCUUAAAACAAUCAGGAAAAUGCCUUAGAAGUUGUCUGUUUCAGGUUCUUGAGUCUUUGGUCUUUAAACCGAUUUAACACCAUGUUGGAAUCAGUAUCUUGUUGCCAUAGUCCCAAGGGUUAUGACUUUGUUAAGCGAAAGAACCAGGGUGGCGCAUACUCUCAAGCUAUGUCAUGGUUUUCUGGGCAUUCUUCUUACGUGCCAUAUAUCAAUAACAUUCUUUUCCAUUCUAGACCAUUAUCCGUAAAAGCAAGAAUGAAUAAUUGCACUCAUGUUUUAAAGCAUAUGUUUGGUGGCACACCUUCUUUACCUUCAUCACCAUCUAAUUCGAGAGGACUUAGUUUCUCCAAUCAUGGACUGUUCCACCAGAGAAGGUCGCGAAUCUAUGCAGCGGUUGAAGUUGCUAGUGCUAUUGAUGUCAUCAAUGAUUUAGGAUUGGAUACUCUUACAUUCUUGGCUGUCACUGUCUUGGUUGUUCCUGCAUUCAAGAUCAUUAGAGCAAGCCCUAUACUUGGAUUCUUCUUUGCCGGGGUUGUACUGAAUCGAUUUGCAUUGAUUAGAAAUCUUACAGAUGUCAAAGUCCUGUCUGAAUGGGGGAUACUUUUUCUGCUGUUUGAAAUGGGUUUAGAGCUAUCACUUGAUCGCCUGAAAGCUCUUGCUAAAUUUGCUUUUGGCAUGGGAUUAACUCAGGUCUUUCUGUCCACCCUUGCUUUCACUGCAUUUGAACUUCCGCCUAACGGGGCUGUUGGAACAAAAAUUUUGCAGUUCCUCUUUCACUCUGGGCCUGACCUGGUUAAUAUAAGAAGUGUUGAUGAAGCCAUAGUGAUUGGUGCUGCUUUAUCUCUAUCUUCUUCAGCUUUUGUUCUACAGCUUCUUGCAGAGAAGGGUGAGCUGCCAACAAGAUUUGGCUCAGCAACUCUGGGGAUACUACUUUUACAGGACAUAGCUGUUGUUCCUCUCUUAGUCAUACUUCCAGUGCUCGAGAGCCAGAACAUAAUAGAGGACAGUAUUUGGCCAAUGCUAGCUAAAGAAAGUUUAAAGGCGCUAGGUGGGCUUGGUAUACUUUCUCUUGGAGGAAAAUACAUUCUUAGGAGAGUUUUCGAGGUUGUUGCUGAAACAAGGAGCUCGGAGGCCUUUGUUGCUCUUUGCUUGUUAACAGUUGCGGGAACUUCCCUUAUGACCCAACAGUUAGGCUUCAGUGAUACGCUUGGAGCAUUUCUGGCUGGAGCAUUAUUGGCAGAAACAAAUUUCCGGACACAGAUUGAAGCUGAUAUACGACCAUUUAGAGGGUUGCUUCUCGGGUUAUUUUUCGUGACUACUGGAACUUCAAUUGACUUGCAGCUUCUUUACCGAGAAUGGCCAAGUGUGCUUGCACUCUUGUCCGGUUUAAUUGUCAUCAAAACAUUUAUCAUUACAGCUAUCGGUCCUCGUGUUGGACUUACCUUACAGGAAAGUGUAAGAGUAGGAUUUCUUUUAUCACAAGGAGGCGAGUUUGCGUUCGUUGUUUUUUCUCUUGCUAACAGCCUUGGGGUGCUACCGCUUGAGCUUAAUAAGCUGCUUAUUAUUGUUGUGGUACUGUCAAUGGCAUUAACCCCAUUGCUUAAUGAAGUUGGAAGAAGGGCUGCUGAUUUUGUUGACAACAAGUUUAAUGAAGAUAAUGAUGCCGAUGAGAUGGUGAACUUUGAUGCAAGUGAACCCGUUGUUAUCAUUGGCUUUGGCCAAAUGGGCCAGGUACUUGCUAAUUUUUUGUCGACUCCGCUUGCUUCUGGAGUAGAUGGUGACUUCAUGGGAUUACAUUAUAUAGCUUUUGACCUCAAUCCUUCUGUGGUGAAGGCAUCUAGAAAGCUCGGUUUCCCGAUUCUUUAUGGAGAUGGGUCAAGUCCAGGUGUUCUGCAGUCUGCUGGUAUCAAGUCCCCGAAGGCCGUCAUGAUUAUGUACCGAGGAAAAAAGAGGACAGUUGAAGCUGUUCAAAGGCUUCGACUUGCCUUCCCCGCGGUUCCAAUCUAUGCAAGAGCUCAAGACCUCAAACAUCUCUUAGAUUUAAAAAAAGCCGGUGCAACAGACGCAAUCUUAGAGAAUACGGAGACAAGUUUACAACUUGGAUCCAAGCUUUUGAAAGGAUUUGGUGUCAUGUCCGAUGACGUAACAUUUCUACGUCAGCUUUUUCGAAAUUCCAUGGAGUUACAAGCUCAAGAAGAACUCAACAAAACCGAUGAUCGAGAACCAGAUAUUAUGAAGCCAUUGCAGGCGAGAACCGAUAAGGCUGAAGCAUCGACAUUAUCAACCUCAAUCAAGGAUGAAUCAUCGAGACAUAAAGUCACCCUGUUUCAAGUGGCCGAAGCAAAGCAAGACGGUGUACUUAAUCGGUCUGAAGGUCCGGAGUCUCGAGGUAGUUUGUACGGAGAAAUAGAUAGUGAGAAUGGGUUUCCAAUGACAGCAGAUGAGCAACAACAUUAGAAGCAUCAAAGCUUGAAGACAUUUGUUAUAGAUACUGAUUUAACAUUGUUGCUGAAGAAGGUAUUUUUUUAGUGAAAAGUUUUGUUUAUUUUCAGCCAAAACCAGUUCAAUACAUUUGGCUGUUAAGCAUUUUCAUGGUAAAGUUCCAGUUUUUUCUUUUUUGAAACUACACAUCCCCCAUGUAUACACUUAAUGAAGAUAAUGCAAAAGGACUAAUGAUUCAUUUCA